AAGAAGACAUGACUUUGCAAAUAAAUAUUUUAAAACAACCUAUACAAAACAUUCCAUCACAUCUACAAAUUUAUAAUAACAUCAAUAAUAUGAAUCAGUUGNAAGAGACAUUAUUUUCUAUUGAUAAUGUUCAUAUAUGUCCUAGCGUAGAUAAUAUAAAUAAAAUUGAAAAUGUUGGAUAUAGUGAAGCUUUUAAAGAUAUUAAUGGUACAUGGAGACAUAAAAAAUGUUUAUUAUUUUCAUCAUCCAAUUUAGAAAAAUAUAAAUUUUGUUCCAUUGUCAAGAAAUCUGUAAACCAAAAAUAUCGGCGAACAAAACUGAUCAAAUCAUUUAAAAAAAUUAAAAUAUUUGGAUCUACUACAGAAAAACAAAAACAACAGAGAAUUUUAUUAUUACGGAAAAAAUAUUACAAAGCCGAAAGAGCAAAAAAAAAAGAGUUAAAUAUGUAGCAAAUAAAUUAAGAGAAGAACUUAUGAAUAAUAUGACAAAGACUGAAAACAUUUCUAUAAAAAAUAUAGAAGAUCAAUUAAAAAAAAACAAAUUCCUCAACAUCAGUUAAUUGCAAUACAAGAAAUAAUAAAAACUACAAAACAUAAAAAUAUUAAAGGUCGUAGAUACAAUGAAGAAUGGAUUUUAUUAUGUAUGUUAAUGCACAUGAAAUCACCUAAGGCAUACAAUUUCUUAAGAGAUAAUCAAAUAUUACCCAUUCCAUGUGUUAGAACUAUACAAAGAUAUAUUUCUCUCAUUGAUUCUUCAUGUGGCUUCGAUAUGAGAUUUUUUGAAAUGUUUAAAUUAGCGUUGCAUAAAAAAAAAGAAAUACAAAAACAUGGUGUAAUUCUGCUAGAUGAAAUACAUCUCAGGGAAUCUGUUAAUGUAAACUCCAAAAAUCUCACAUAUACAGGGUUGAUUGAUUUCGGGAGUGAAAAUAUACGACCAAUUAAUCUUGAUGAAACAGCAGAUCAUGGUUUAGUGAUAAUGUUUCAACCACUAGCAGAUUUUUAUUCUCAACCGAUUGCAGUAUUUGCUUCAAAGGGAUCUGUAUUAGAAGAAGUACUUGCGCAACUUAUAAUUAAAGUACGCAUGAUGUAACGCACUUUAUUUGUCUCCCUCUUCCCGUCAACAUACUUAUGUAUGCUGGCGACAUUGCUAUCUAUUGUUCUCAUCCUUCCAUCGAGUACGUCUCCCAACAGCUCAGUAUAUCAUUAAGCAAUCUUAGUUCUCAUCUGGAGGAGCUUGGCCUUAGGCUAUCUCCUGAGAAGUCGACGGCCUCCUUUUUUGCCCUGAACUCCCUUCGGAACACAAAGUCACUUGUUAAGUCCAAGAAGAUCAAAAUCUCGUUGAACGGAACUCUUAUCCGACUUGAGUGGUCAGUCAGGUUCCUCGGAGUUUGGCUGGACUACUCUUUAAAGUGGAAGCGACAUGUGUCUGAAGUCAGGAGACGGGUGGUGUCACGCAUUAACAUACUUAAGGCUAUUUCAGGUAUCACAUGGGGUGCUCAUCCAAGUGUCAUGUCCGCAGCCUACAAGGGCCUGGUAAGAUCCGUGUUGGAUUGGGGAUGCCAGGUUGUGUCCCCCCUUGGUGAUCGUGAAAGUCUCGUCCUCGAUCGCCUGCAGUACUCGUGCGUUCGUUUGAUAUGUGGGUUCAUGCGCACUACUCCCACCAACGUUCUCUUGGAUAUUACCAACAUUCACCCGCUUGCGUGCAGACAUGGAUCUCUGCAACCUUCGGCAGGGGGCGCUCCACCCAGGGCCGGUUAUGCGGUAGUGUCCUCUGACCCAGAUCUGGUCCAUUACGCGCGGGUUCACGACCUGUCAUCCAUAUUUGACGCUGAAGCUGCCGGGGUCCUGUGCGCCCUCGAGUACGUGGAGGAGCUUGGUUUUGGUCGAGUCGCUGUUGCCACCGACUCCUUUAGUGUUAUAAGGUGUUUGGAGUCGGCUGAUCCUCGGGGUGUCCAUCCUCCGGUCAUUUAUAAAAUAAAGGAACUCGUCUAUAGGUUACAGUCUCGCGGUGCUCAUGUAAAGUUUGUGUGGGUUCCGGGCCAUAAAGGAAUCAGCGGUAACGAAAGAGCAGACCACUAUGCCAAGGUGGCUCUUGGUCAGUCGGUCCCCGAUCCGGGCGGGGGGUGUGGCGCAAGGGCUUUGUUCCCUACGCUGCGCUCUGGCUUAGUGAGUGACUCCCGUGCCCUCCUCCUUAGGGAGGCGGAACAUAAAGGUAGAAUGUAUUUUGACGCCAAGAGAGUACCUCUGGGGAAACCCUGGUAUGAGUGCUUCAAAAAACCUCUUCCAAGACCUUUAAUAAAUCUAAUAUCUCGUAUCAGAUCCUUCCAUACCAGGGUCAACGCGCAUUUGGCUGACAAGGAUAUUCUGGUUUCCGCCUCCUGUCAGUGUGGCUACGCUCGCCAAGAUAUUGACCAUGUAUUCUUUAACUGUCCGAAAUACAAAGAUGAGUCUGAUAAGCUUGUAAUUGACUUAUAUCAUUGCGGAUUUAGCCCGCCCGUGAAAAUUGCCGAUGUUGCCUUUUCCAAUGACCUGCGUACUUUGCACGCUCUUUAUAAAUUUGUCACUAGCACAAAAAUCUCCAUUUAA